CUUCCUUCGGACUACUGCUAUAUCGAUCCUGGCAAAAGUCGAUAUUGGGUACGGCCACUUCUUACAACAAGCUGCACUCUAGUCGUACGAUCAUCUCGCGUGUUCCGGUCACGAUGUCUUGUUUUCAUCAUACGACAGUAGCCUACAGUACCAGCUCAACCAGCGCAACCCAACGGACGAGGGAGGAGAGGGAUGCUGCGCCUGUCGAAAUGUAUCGCGUUCCGUUUCAAUAUGUUACACAGAUGUAGACUACAAUCUACUUGCUUAUGGUGACCUUGUUAUGAGUAUUAUUUUUGCAAUAACAUUGACUGACGCAGCGAGAUGGUGCGGCAGUAAGGAAUAUAUAUUUAUCCUGUUGUAGCCUCCCAGGACCGUUGUGCGAUGCGUCGCUGAUUUUUUUCUGCAUACAGGCUAUCCUUGAUAGAUUCGUCGUCUUUCGUCCUUGAUACAACGUUGUCGUCGGCAGAUAAUGUUGAAUUGAGCUCAAUUAUUGGACGAAUAGUAUAAAUGGUUUUGGAACAUUCCUGGAAAACAAUCAUGUAUGGAUCGAAGAACUUGUUUAUAGAUCUUAUGAAUUUCAUAUAGUAAUUCUGUGGGACUCAGUUCAAAAUUAUCUAAAAUAGCACGGGUGCAGGACAGGUGUGUCAUCAUGGAACCUACAGGCUCCACCUUGGACAUGCAGAUGAAGAGUGUUGAGAGGAGUACAGUGUUUCUCAGACAGGAACAUCUCACCCUACUGCAUGGCCUACACCUGGAGAUCCUAUCCUUGCAGAAACGAUGCACCGAGUUGACAUCUGAGCUGAAUGUGAAGCCUCCAGGCAAGAGUGAACUGGACCUGGCGGAGGACGAAGAGCAGCUGGAGGCCCGCUGUCUGGAGGUCGAAGAUCGCCUGGCCGAGCAGCAGUGCACCCUGGGAGAGCUGCGUAAAGAGCUGAUUCACAAGGGGGCGCUGGUAGGCGCGCUGCGGGCUAACCUCAAGGACAAGGAGCGCCGCUUCCUGGACGAGCUGAAGAGCCGCAGCCACCGCUCCACGGUGCUCAACACAGAGCUGCAGAAGCAGACCGAGGCGGCAGCCUACCUCUCCUUCCAGCUGCACGCCGCCCGCCAGAAACUGCACCACCAGAGACUGCAGCAGAGGCAGCAGGCCCUCAGGGAGAACCGCGAGAAUAGGGAUCAUCAUGGGAAACCCCCUGGGCUCCAGUACAGCCAAGCAGCUGAGUGGGACACCGCCACCUUUUCUCCAUUUUCUCCUCAGUCGCCCUCCGGUUUCUCCAAUGCCUCCAAUGCCAGCUCCGCCAUAGCCUCCCCUGUGGUCAAGCCUAAACGCAGGGGCAGCAGGGCCACAUCAGGGCACCAGCUCCGGGCGGAGAGGGCCAGGGAGUGUGUCCCCCAGGAGAAGGUGAUGGGUCCCGCAGAGCCCACCGCCAUGCCUGACCCAGCGCUGUUCCUCCACCCUCACCGCAGGCACCACAGGUCCAGGGCCAGGCAUUCCCACUCCCCGGCCCACAGACAGCCUCCUCUGGUGGGGGAAAGAGGGGAGGAGGAGGGGGGUGGAGAGGGGCCAAUGGAGCCCCAGGAUGGAGCUCCUCCUAGAAUGGCAGCCACGGCCACAGCGCCACCUGCUGGUUGGUCAGAUCAAGGCUGAAUAGCUAGCCCCACUGUGACCAUCUCUAGAAAUGCAUCAUCAUCACUAACAUCAUCAUUACUAUCAUCAUAAUAAUUGUAAUCAUCAUCCCUAUGACCGUCUGAUUUUAUUAAUACUGUAAAUUGCCCAUUGUCCUACACCUUGAUGGAAUUGAUUCUGAAAUGAAUAUAGCAUUGUUGAUUAUAAUCCUAUUAACUCUAAUGACUGGUAUUUAGAUGUAUUGCUAUAAUGGACACUUUUUAUAAUUAUACAUUUUGACAUGACCUGAAUUAACUCAAACUUCCAGGUGUACGAACACCCAAAGGGGGUUGUUGUUACAAAUCACUUCACGUCAAUGUGUGGAAUCAUGUAGUUGAAUGCAUUUACACUGGCGUCGCUCUAUAUAACGUUAUUAUGGGGCCUUAUCCGAGUGUGGCGUCCUUUGUGGAGGUUAGUUUAACCUAUGGCCUGUAGCCUUAGACCACAGCACCUACUGUGCAAUUACCUUACCCUACUAUGUCGUUUUAGGGCCAACCAUAAAUCAACACUGGGUCGCCCUUGUAGAAAAAAUUUGUCUGACCUCUGUUGCGUUGAGUCACAGUUGGGUAGCGUUUGAGCAUCUGCAUCUGUGUAUGUCCUUGCUGUGAACACGAUUGAUCUUCAGAUCUUCAUUGUUGGCCUUCACUGGCAAAGGUCCCACAGGUCCAAGAGGGGUAGUCAUGCCGUCCUAUCCCACUGAAUCUUUCUUUAUUCCAUUGGUCAUACAAUAGGUAGGCCUACAGCACACUAUAUAUGUUAUACAAUAAUUUAAAGUAACAUUAGUUCACUGGCCUGACACAAAAAUCUUAGUGGGUUUCAAAUAAAAUGUGCCUCUGAACUUUAAAAAAAAAAAAAAAAAACAUAUUAGAUCACAGGAUUACAAUCAAUCAAAUGUAUUCAUAAAGCCCUUACCUCAGCCGAUGUCACAAAGUGAUAUACAGAAACCCAGCCUAAAACCCCAAACAGCA